AAUGGAUUCCAGGAUUUCUUUACAGAGCUGAUUUUUGAUAUUCCGUUGCUUCAUUGUGCCCGAUACAGCUAAUCCACUUUGACAGAGGACCUAUUGGACAUUGCUCAUUUCUUAACCGCCUAUAACAUCUUCUCUUCCUUUUUGUCAAAACCAACUUUUGUAGAGCUUCCAGUACGCCCUCUGUUUCGGCGAUUGCUGAUCCAAGUGAACGCUAAUCUGUUUAAACGCCGCUGUUCAUGCCAUCAUUAUUGACCAUUUCGGUCUCCGUCAUAGAUACAAUUUAUGAUGCCGAGAUAUUGUCUGUUUAAGUAACUUGUAACUCUUCUACAACUUUUAUAUGUUCCUCCUAGGUACUAUCCUGUUAGCACCUUUGGUUGGCGCUAUACGAAACCUAGUUGUAUUUGGGGAUUCGUAUUCAGAUAUUGGCAAUAACGGCAUUUACACUGACAAUGCCAACUGGGCUCAAGAUCUCGCCUACUCUUGGAAUGCGUCGCUCUAUGACUUUGCCUACGGAGGAGCCACGUGCGACAACCACAUAGAACAAUACGUCGACGCUGUCAGUGUCAGUCAACAAGUAGCUGAUUACAUUUCGAGGGGCGAGGGCAAGAACAUUAAUGCCUCGGAAUCCGUGUACGCCAUUUUCAUUGGAAUCAACGAUGCCAAUUUAUUUAAUGUGAGCAAUACCCAAGCUGUGGCAAACUGCGUAUCCCAACAGAUGAAAAAGCUAGAGCAGGCAUAUGGAGCGCAAGAAUUCCUUAUAUUCAACAUUCCACCUAUGCAAUACUCUCCCUUCGCUAAAACAGCCAUACAAAAUUAUCAAGAUGCAAAGGCGGACUGGAUUGCCAAUUAUAACCAGCUUCUGAACGCUUCGGUGCAUAAUCUCGGAGGAACAGCCAGUCUUGUAUUUUUUGACACAUAUGACUUAUUUAAGACUGUUCUGGCAAACCCCACCGCAUAUGGCUUCGACGAUAUCACUGACUAUUGGAACAAAUAUGCUUGUACCAAUUUAACAUAUUGUCCUGAGAACGUUGGUGGCAUAGAAGGCGCAACAAAAUUUCUUUGGUGGGAUGGUACACAUGUUACAUCAGCAAUGCAUAGGAUAAUAGCAAACAGUAUUAUCACUCUUCGUCCUUUUGGUAUACAAGGCAAUAACGUUCAAAAUCAAUAUCAGGUGAACCGGACGGCCCUCCCAAUUUCUCAGGGCGUACCUGGACGAUUUUCAAUAGACUACUGGAUGCUACUCAUGUCGUGUUUAACAGCAUUAGUGGCCAUUCAUACCCAUUUGUUCAUAUAGACAUGUUGUAUAUAAUGUGUAUUCAAGAAUAUAUAUAUUUGAUUUAGAGCUCAAACAGUUUAUCUUCAAAUGGGU